GUGGUGCUGGAUGACUCCAAGCGGGUAGCCAAGAGGAAGCUGAUCGAGGAGAACCGGGAGCGGCGGCGGAAGGAGGAGAUGAUCAAAUCCCUGCAGCACCGCCCCAACCCCAGCGCCGAGGAGUGGGAGCUGAUCCACGUUGUGACAGAAGCCCACCGCAGCACCAAUGCCCAGGGCAGCCACUGGAAGCAGAAGCGGAAAUUCCUGCCUGAGGACAUCGGCCAGUCCCCUAUGGCCUCCAUGCCUGAUGGGGACAAAGUCGACCUGGAGGCGUUCAGCGAGUUUACAAAAAUCAUCACCCCGGCCAUCACCCGCGUGGUCGACUUUGCCAAAAAACUGCCCAUGUUUUCAGAGCUGCCUUGUGAGGACCAGAUCAUCCUGCUGAAGGGGUGCUGCAUGGAGAUCAUCACUGAACCCCCUGAUAUCCCCCCCCAUCAUCUCAAUGCCACCCAAAUCCCAUCCCUGAAUGCGCCGAACACCCAACUAACCCCCUGA